GUGAGCUGUUAACUAAUAAUGUUACGUAUAUUGCCUUCUCUACGAUAUUGUCAGCGACGCUUUUUGUUUUUUUCUGCUGCUCCACGUUCCAUAGGAAACAACGUUCACACUCAAAUGGUGACUGAAAACAAAGAAGUCACGGAUGCUUCAGCCGUUUCUCCAUCAAAGAGAGCUCGGACAGAACCCAAAGCAGAGGAACAAAGAACAAUUCUUAGGUUUGCAAAACUUUCCGAAAAUGCCACGACCCCCACACGAGGCUCAAGCAAGGCAGCAGGAUAUGAUCUGUACAGUGCAUAUGAUUACACCAUCGGUCCCAUGGACAAGGCCAUUGUGAAGACAGACAUUCAAAUUGCAGUUCCACAUGGCUGCUAUGGUAGAGUGGCCCCGAGAUCUGGAUUGGCUGCUAAACAUUUUAUCGAUGUCGGAGCUGGGGUUGUAGACGAGGACUACAGAGGAAAUGUGGGUGUUGUGCUUUUUAACUUCGGCAAAGAAACAUUUGAAGUGAAAAAAGGAGACCGGGUUGCUCAGCUGGUGUGUGAAAGAAUCUGUUACCCAGAACUGGAGGAGCAAGAGACACUUGAUGAUACAGAGCGGGGCUCUGGAGGCUUUGGAUCGACUGGACGCAACUGAAGACCUCACAGCAAUUUUGAAGUACUAUUGUGUUUAAUGAAAUAAUGUUACCUUGGUGCUAAUAAAGUUUGUUUUAUAAAGUUUUA